AUUGCGGGGUGGGUGGGGAAGCUCGGCUCAGUGCCCCGCCUCCCCUUCGGGCUGGGGGGCCCGCGGCGGGGCAGCCUCCUGGGGAUGUUAGCAGCUGCAGCAUUUCAGCCACGCUGGGUGCAAGGGGGAAGCAGCCAGGAUCUCAGUGGCCAAAGGGCCUCCCUUUCCCGGCCCGGCCCCGGGCCCAGACCUGGUCAGGCCCGUGGGCCACAUGUGGCCUAGCCCCAGCCAGACUAGUUACCUUUUGAGAGGCCGGAAAUGAAAGAUAGAUUUUUGGGGUUUUUUUCUUUUCAUGUGUGUUUCACAAAGGCGCAUAAACUUUCUCAUUGGUCUAACAAUAUGUCAGUAUUAAAAAUCAGACACCAAUUGGUUCUUGUCAGGUCCAAAGGAAGCGGCCGAAGUCCUGAAAGGGAACUAUUUUAGGAAAUUUAUAGAAAUUGCUACAGAGAGAAACUCUAAUCCGGUAUGUACCAGGAAGAUUUCAGGAACAUGACUGAAGGGACCAGGAACAGCAGUGACUCCUCUUCUGCCUUCGUUCAUACCGGCACCAUAAGUGCCAUACUGGUCACUGUCUACUCGAUUGCCUUUACUGGAGGUGGAAUUGGGUCUAUCACAAUGUCCUUUGUGCUGCUCAAGAUGAGCACUCUAUCUGUGACCACGACUGCUAUCAUUAACCUGGUCCUUGUACACAGCCUCCUCCUCUUCACAGUCCCCUUUCGCCUCCACUAUUAUGUCAAAAAGAAGUGGGUAUUUGAUGUGCCAUUUUGCAAAAUGGUGAGUGCCAUGGUGCACAUCCACAUGUACCUGACCUUUGUAUUUUAUGUGAUCACACUGGUGAUCCGGUGGCUCAUCUUCUUUCAGUGGAAGGACAAGGUGGAGUUUUACAGAAAGCUGCACGCCAUUGCAGCAAGUGCUGCCGUAUGGGUCUUCGUCAUGGUCUUUGGGGUGCCGCUCUUCUACUUUGAGUAUGGACGCUCAGGCUUAUACAAUAAUACAACAUGCUUCAAGUUCCACAAAGAACUUCAGCACAUGAGUGUGAAAGCCCUGAAUUACACCUUAAUUGUAGCUGUUGCCCUCAUUUCUUGUGUCCUCUUGGGCUUGCAGAUUCUUAUCCUGGUAAAAGUGGUGAGAAAAUUUUCUACCUCCCUCUGUUCACACCAAGAAUUCUGGGCCCAAAUAAAAAACUUGAUUUUCAUCUGGGUCAUCAUAAUUUGGUUCCUUCCCUAUCACCUGUUCAGGGCCUACUACAUACAGCAUGUGAGUGAUUUUGACCAGUUAGAAAGCUACAAUGAGGUUUUUUUGAGCCUGACUGCCCUGAGCUGUCUGGACCUGUUGUCAUUCAUGCUGAGUGGAAGCCGCUUCUUCAAGCAAAAUGUGGGGAUGCUCCACAGGAGGUUGCCUUGUUGCUAGCAUCAGCUUCCCGCAGAGUGGGCAGGACUUGGGAUAGAACAGUGAUAGACAGACAUGGCAAACUGUCUCCUCAGCAAGUGAGGGUGUGCUCUGGAAAUGGCACAACACACUCAUACAAGGCUUUGCACAUCAGCUUCCUGAAUUAAUGGAGCAAACUGCCUCCAGGGUCUCAGCUGGUAAACAGGAAGGUGAUCUCAGCAAUUUCCUCAUGGUGCUACCCAGUGAGUUGUGAAUGGACCUGGAGAAGAGGGAAGAAAGGUCAUGGAUGCUUCUGUCUUGCUGUUUUUACAUGAAGAUUUUUGAAGUCAAAGGCACUAGGAGUAGACUUGAGAAUUGCAAUGUAAAAAUACAAAUAAAUAAACUGGGUUUUAUGG